AUGGCUGAUGCCUCUGACAAGUCUGACUCCGACUCUGACUCUGAGUCCGGCUCGGGCGACGACAGCUCUUCGUCUGACGAGGAGGAGGAGAAGGAGGAGGAGAAGCCCAAGGCUGCCAAGCGCAAGGCUGACGAGAGCGUCGCCGCCCCCGAGAAGAAGCAGAAGACUGAGGAGACUGAGGGUGAAUCCGCCACUCUGUUCGUCGGUCGCCUGUCCUUCAACGUCGAUGAGGACUGGCUCAAGCGUGAAUUCGAGGCCAUCGGACCCGUCGACUCGUGCCGCAUUGUUACUGACAGAGAAUCUGGCAGAUCCAGAGGAUUCGGAUACGUCACCUUCUCUGAUGCUGCCUCCGCCCAGAAGGCUAUUGACGAGUACCAGGGAUUCGAGAUUGACGGUCGCCCCGUCAACCUCGACUUCUCGAACCCGGCUCCCAAGAAGGAGAACUUCCGCAACCAGCGCGCCGAUAAGUUCGGCGACAAGCUCUCUGAGCCCUCCGACACCAUCUUCGUUGGAAACCUUUCCUUCGAUGCCGACCGUGACUCUCUCUUCGAGGCUUUCGGUGAGUACGGCAACGUCACCAGCGUCCGUCUUCCUACCAACCCUGAGACCGAGCAGCUCAAGGGAUUCGGCUACGUCCAGUACGGCUCUGUCGAUGAGGCCAAGGCUGCCAUCGAGGCCCUCAACGGAUUGGAGAUUGCUGGCCGUCCCGUCAGACUCGACUUCUCUACUCCCCGUGAUCCCUCCAGCGGUGGUGGCCGUGGCGGUCGCGGUGGUCCUCGCGGUGGCUUCGGCGGCCGUGGUGGUGGCCGUGGCGGCCGUGGUGGUCCCCGCGGUGGCUUCGGUGGCCGUGGCGGACGUGCCUCCGGAAGCAACGCUGUUCCCUUCCAGGGCAAGAAGAUCACUUUCUAG